AUGGCUGCACCCCUGUCUGCCCUUCUCUGUCUUGGGCUGUGUCUGGGGCAGGUGGUGGAAGCUCAGCAUGGCCUGCUGCCCAAGCCCUCCCUUCAGGCCCGGCCUAGCUCCCUAGUGCCACUGAGGACGCCGGUUACCAUCCACUGCCGGGGGCCUCCAGAUGUGGACCUGUACCGCCUGGAGAAGCUGAGGUCCAACCACUACCAGGAUCAGCCUGUCCUCUUCAUCCCAUCCAUGGAGGAACGUUUCGCAGGGUGCUACCGCUGCACCUACCAGAAUGGGAGCCUCUGGUCUCCCCCCAGCGACCGGCUGGAGCUGGUCGCUACAGGAGUUUAUCUCAACAAGCCCUCGAUCUCAGUCCAGCCCAGCCCAGCUGUGUCCCCAGGAGGGGAAGUCACUCUGCAGUGUCGAAGCCAGUUCAGUUUUGACCAAUUUGCUCUGUACAAGGAAGGGGACGCUGGGCCCCAGAAGGGAUCUGACUUCCCCAUCACCGCAGUGACUGCUGCACACAGUGGGACCUACCGAUGCUACAGCUUUUCCAGCAAGCUGCCGUACCUGUGGUCAGCCCCCAGCGACCCCCUGGAGCUUGUGGUCACAGGGACUUCUGUGACCCCCGCCUGGUUACCCAUGGAACCACCUUCCUCUGUGACAGAAUUCCCAGAAGCCUCCAGGAAAUGGAGCAUCUCACUCAUCAACAAAAGCUCUACAAUCAAGUCUUCUAGGACUAUCACCAUCUCUGCAAAGAGGCCAGAGUCUCCAGUUGGUGAGUAAGUGGUCUUCUCUGGACCCUCUUCAUUCCCACCCUUGUCGUCUUCUAGGACUACCACUAUCUCUCCAAAGAGGCCAGAGUCUCCAACUGAGUCUUCUAGGACUAUCAAUAUCUCUCCAAAGAGGCCAGAGUCUCCAACUGGUCUUGCCCAGCAAUACUACACCAAGGGCAAUCUGGUCCGCAUAUGCAUUGGGGUUGUGAUUCUAAUACUCCUGGUGGGGCUUCUGGCAGAAGAUUGGCACAGCAGAAAGAAACCCCUGCCAUACAGGGUCAGACCUAUCCGCAGGCCACUCCCACCCCUCCCACAGACCCAGAGACAACACAGUCAUCAGGAUGGGGGUCGACCAGGUGGCCAUAACCAUGGGCGCCACAAUUAGAACUCCAAGACUUGGUUGUAGCUAUGAGAUAAGAGAUGUAAAACCAUGUGUGGAGUAUAUGGAAUGUAGGAGCAAGAGG